GAGGGGGAGAUCUCGUGUGGUGAGUCAGGCAUAUACUUUCUUCUCGCAUCUUUUCAGCACCUCCUCCUUCAGACUUCAAUCAAUCAUCAUCCCAAUCUCCUUGAUUAUAUAUGCUUCAGCGCCCAUACACAGAGAGAGAGAGUAUUACGAAUAUUCGAAUACGAAUUUUGUGUAUAGGAAAUCUCGUGAAGAUUCCUAAUAACUCUCUCUAACUUUUGCCAAAUCUCUCUUCCUGCUCGUGUUUGUUGAUGCUUAUCUAAGAGCUUCUUCUAUCUGUUCUUUCGAAUUGCAGAUUCCUCAUCCUCAGAAGAUUUCAUUCUCCAAAACUAUAGCAAGAAUUUGACAACAUUCUUGGUGAUCAGCUGUUUCAUGAAAAAUGGUUGCUUUUGGAAAGAAGUUGAAGGACAGACAGAUCCAAGAAUGGCAAGGAUAUUACAUCAACUACAAAUUAAUGAAGAAAAAGGUUAAGCAGUACAAUAAUCAAAUCAAAGCUGGAGCACUUGAUCGUCGGCAUGUUCUUAAGGAUUUCUCACGGAUGCUAGAUAAUCAGAUUGAAAGAAUUGUUCUGUUUAUGUUGGAACAACAAGGAGUGCUGGCAAGCAGGAUAUCUGAACUUAAUAAACAGCAAGAUUCUCUUCAAGAACAGCCUGAUAUAUCCAAAAUAACUGAGUUGCGAGAAGCUUAUAGAGAUGUGGGACGUGAUCUUCUGAAGCUUCUCUUUUUCGUUGAAAUAAAUGCCGUUGGAUUGCGGAAGAUCCUCAAGAAAUUUGACAAACGUUUUGGGUAUCGAUUCACUGAUUAUUAUGUCAAAACCCGGGCUAAUCAUCCUUAUUCCCAACUUCAGCAAGUUUUCAAGCAUGUGGGUCUAGGAGCAGUAGUUGGAGCAAUAUCUCGUAAUCUUGCUGACCUUCAGGACCGUCAAGGAAGCUACUUGUCAAUUUAUGACCAGCCUUCUCUUCCUCUACAGGAUUCUGUUGUUGAUUCAAUGCAAGCAGCUGUUGAUAGAUUAAGUCAUUCAACAAACUUCCUUAACUUUUUGGCCCAACAUGCACUUAUCAUGCAAGAAGAUUUUCCGACUCCUGUUGAGGAACAAGUUGAUGAUCAGAGAUACCAUUUCAUGUCACUUAUCUUAAACUUGGCAAACACCUUCCUUUAUAUGGUCAAUACAUAUAUUAUUGUUCCAACAGCAGAUGAUUAUUCUAUGAGCCUUGGUGCUGCUGCAACAGUUUGUGGGAUUGUGAUCGGUGCCAUGGCUGUUGCACAGAUCUUUUCCUCUGUGUAUUUCAGUGCUUGGUCAAACAGGUCUUAUUUCAGACCUCUGGUAUUUAGCAGUAUAGUUCUCUUUGUGGGGAAUGUCAUGUACGCACUGGCUUAUGAUCUCAAAUCAAUACCAGUUCUCCUUAUUGGUCGAAUAUUUUGCGGUUUGGGUUCUGCCAGAGCAGUGAACCGACGUUACAUCAGUGACUGUGUGCCCCUUAAAAUCCGGAUGCAGGCUUCAGCUGGAUUUGUCAGUGCUAGCGCUCUUGGGAUGGCAUGUGGCCCUGCACUUGCUGGGUUACUCCAAACUAAUUUUAAGAUUUACAAGUUGACAUUCAAUCAAGAUACUUUGCCUGGUUGGCUCAUGGCUUUUGCAUGGUUAAUCUAUUUGAUAUGGUUGUGGAUCUCAUUCAGAGAACCUGCUACCGAAACUGAAAUGAACACUGGUCCUCAAGAACCUGCUAAUAAUGUAGAAAAUGAUGCCCUUGAAAAUGGUGUUACACAACCAUUGCUCUUAAAAGUGGAGGACAAUCAACAAGAUGAUGAGAAUGACCAAGAAUAUGAUGAGAGUGAAGAAGCUCCUGAGGAAUCUCGUCAGCCAGCCAACUCUAUAGCUGAAGCAUACAGAUUACUUACACCUUCAGUGAAGGUUCAAUUAUUAAUCUACUUCAUGCUGAAAUAUGCUAUGGAGAUUUUACUUUCAGAAUCCAGUGUUGUUACGACAUAUUACUUUAGCUGGUCAACGGGCACUGUGUCAAUUUUUCUAGCAUGUCUUGGCCUCACGGUUCUUCCGAUAAAUGUUGUUGUUGGGAGCUACAUAAGUAAUAUGUUUGAGGACAGGCAAAUUCUGUUGGCAUCUGAAAUUAUGGUUUUUCUUGGUAUACUUGGGAGCUUUCAUGUUAUAAGCCCAUACACUGUGCCACAAUAUGUCUGCUCUGGGCUCAUACUGUUUGUAGCUGCUGAAGUGUUAGAAGGUGUUAAUCUAUCGCUCCUCUCUCGAGUCAUGUCAUCCAGACUUUCUCGUGGAACGUACAAUGGGGGUCUCUUGUCAACAGAAGCUGGCACAAUUGCUCGGGUGAUUGCAGAUGUAACCAUAACCCUUGCUGGGUAUUUGGGGACGAGUAGGCUCUUGAAUGUCACACUCCUCCCUUCACUUUUGAUUUGUGUAGCUUCUAUUAUCGCAACCUGUUACACGUACAAUUCUCUUUACUGAGCGCCUUUUGGAUUCUUAAAAUGUUGUCAACCAUAUUAUUGAUGUAAAUUUUCGGUUAACUGUAAUUAGUUCAUUGAUUUCUUUACUUAGCUAGAUUCUUAUAAUUCAAUGUCUGCUGUUUGUCCUAUAAGAAAUUGCUCUUAGAAACUGCUACUGUGUUCUAAAGUCGGCCUAAUUAUCAUUGGGUUACACUGCUAGUAUCUAUGCGACUAAAAUAUUGAGCUGUUGUUAAAUCAUGUGGGAAUUUAAUGGGAAUUACGUA